CAAUUGGGCAAUUUGGGUUCCCAUUCCUCUAUUAAAACCCUACUCGCAUCUGAUUCUGUCGGCCGUCGUUUUUGUUUCAAUCAUCUCAGCCAUGGUGGCCGAUAGCAAGUCCAAAUCCGACAUUUCUUUCGCCGGAACUUUUGCAAGCAGCGCCUUCUCCGCCUGUUUUGCUGAGAUUUGUACUAUUCCGUUGGACACGGCUAAAGUCAGGCUUCAACUCCAGAAGAAAGCUGUUGCAGGUGAUGGAGUGGCCUUACCUAAAUACAGGGGUAUGCUGGGCACAGUUGCUACCAUAGCCAGGGAAGAAGGUCUGACGGCACUCUGGAAAGGAAUUAUACCUGGAUUGCAUCGUCAAUGCCUAUAUGGAGGUUUAAGAAUUGGGUUGUAUGAUCCUAUCAAGUCCUUCUAUUGCGGAGGCAGUGACUUUGUUGGUGAUGUUCCUUUAACAAAGAAAAUACUUGCUGCCUUAACAACUGGUGCUCUAGCAAUCACAGUGGCAAAUCCAACUGAUCUUGUGAAAGUUAGACUUCAAGCUGAAGGAAAAUUACCACCUGGUGCACCAAGGCGUUAUUCGGGAUCACUGAAUGCGUAUUCCACCAUUGUGAGACAGGAGGGAGUUGGGGCACUCUGGACUGGGAUCGGACCCAACAUUGCACGUAAUUCUAUUAUUAAUGCUGCCGAACUAGCCAGUUAUGAUCAAGUGAAGGAGACACUUCUAAAACUUCCAGGGUUCUCAGAUAAUGUUGUCACUCACCUUCUUUCUGGUCUGGGGGCUGGUUUCUUUGCUGUCUGUAUUGGCUCACCAGUUGAUGUGGUUAAGUCAAGAAUGAUGGGAGAUUCUGCUUACAAAAACACGAUGGAUUGCUUCCUCAAAACUCUGAAGAAUGAUGGACCCUUGGCCUUUUACAAGGGCUUCAUCCCAAAUUUUGGACGGCUAGGAUCGUGGAAUGUCAUCAUGUUUCUAACCCUUGAGCAGGUUAAGAAGGUUGUGAGAAAUAUAGAGUCAUCGUGAGCUUAACGAGGAUCGAGGUCGCGAGGAUCAAGGACAAUGUGGGGUUUUUUAGGGGUUGUAGCAUCUGCAGCAACUGAUAGUUGUUUUAGAGAAUAAUAAGGCCUAGAUUAAACAUUUUUAGUGGCAUUUUUUUUGCUAACUGAGGAGAAGGUUCCUCUUCCUCCCAAGGAAAACAUGCAUUCGAAACUAUGAAGUUUUACAAAUAAUGAUAAUUUGUUUUCUGGACCA